AUGGCGGCAGUCACAGUAGACGAGUUCAGAGCAACCUUGGAGGCGGCGAUAAACCGCCGAAAAUGCCGUUACUCAAAUUUUUUUGCAUUCCAUUUUCGAUGGGCAGACGACAACACGGGAGCAGAGCGCGAUGAGAAAAGUUUUGAGGAUAUGGCUCGAUUGAUGGGGUUCCCUGUUGUGGAUACUUAUGUUAUCCCUGACGGCACAUUGGCUCCAGGGCGUGAAGUUUCGGACAGAAUCUUCAAAAUAUUCCGAGACGCAGAAACAGCGCCAGGAGAAUCCAUUGUUAUGAUCCAUUAUUCUGGACACGGUGGGCCAAAUAAUCUUAAUGAGCUGGCAUUACAUAGUAGGUACGGCAAAAAUAUCGCCAUGGAAAGAAUAAUCGGAUAUAUGAUUCCAUCAGAAAAUGUUGAUACCCACGUGGAUGUUAUUAUGAUACUUGAUUGCUGUUACAGCUUUUUAGCAAGCCGCACCCUCAAACAGGAGUCACGCGUUUUUGAAAUUUUGACAGCUGGUAGCAACAAUGAUGCUGCUGCCUUUUCUGCUGGUGUAAGAAAUUCAUUCACGUCUAAAUUGCUCGUCGAAAUUCAUUCUCGGGCACAAGCAGGAGAUACAUUUGUCGAGAUGGCGGAUGUAAUGGAUACUCUUCGAAAAACCUCACCAUUGAAAAAGCCUGGUUAUGCAAGCAGGCUGGGUGCCGGCUCAGCAACUUUACCAUUAUUUCCUGGAUUGGCAAGUACUGCAAAUACUUCACACCCUCAGGAACCUGGAAUGCUAGCUACCUUUAGUCUUCACGUAUCUAAGAUCUUUAACAAUGUUGAGUUAGAAGAUAUUGCUAUGUGGCUGAGCAAUAUGCCCAAGGUGAAAGGGGCUUCUUUAAAGCUGGAGGGUAUCAAAAUAACAAACUCAAUGAUUUUCAUAUUUGAAGCCAGCUGUGUGUCGUACUAUCGAGUUUGCGGUCUCCCAGGAGUGACAUUAAUCUGCGAAAAUUUGCCUGUUAAUUUUGAUUGGCUUCUUCACCGAGGUUAUCCUCGGGCCCGCAUUCCAAGUUGA